AUGUCUUCCUUUUACGACGAAAUCGAGAUUGAGGACAUGGAGUUCGAUGAGGACACCGAGCUCUACCACUACCCGUGCCCCUGCGGCGACCGCUUCGAGAUCAGCCUCGAAGAGCUGGAGGCCGGCGAGGACGUGGCAAAGUGCCCGAGCUGCUCGCUCAUUAUCCGGGUAAUCUACGAUCCGGACGAGUUCCUCCCGGGCGACGGCGAGGAGGAGAUUCAGCUCGGGACCAUCGAUCACCGUCGUCUAAAAACUAUCUGGAGGACCUUGCUCUCCGUUGUACAAUAA